UUAAAAUUUUACUGUCUGUGCCGCAUCGAGCAACAGCGAGUUUAAAUAAGUGUUUUCAAUUUCGACUUUGGAGUACUUAUAUACACCCACACACAUAUUUGAGCAUGCAGUGCACUGCCGUUACUGAUCGCAAUUAUUGCAUUUCGUCAUAACAAAUUCGGUUCUAAUUUAUUCUAAGAGACCACGCCUGCAUUGAUAUAAACAUGGGUUGCUGUUUUAACUAUAAAUUCGUACUCAAUCUGUGUAAUUUUUUAUUCUUGAUAUGUGGCCUACUGCUGAUUGUAUCAGGCCUGUACAUCCUUUCGGAUAACAAGCGGAUUCUGCUCUCCAGACUUUUGGCUGCCUCCAGCGAUCGGUUGAGCUCAUUGCCCCAACCAUUGCUCUUUUACAUAGCCCUGGGCGUGGCAAUUGCGGGAUUCGUGGCCAUUUUGGCCGCUGUCGUGGGCUUCUGGGCCAGCUGCCUUCACACCUACUGCUUCCUGACCAUAUACUUCCUGAGCGUUGUGGUCCUGCUCCUGACCGAAUCGGUUCUGUGCCUGGCCAUUACCUUGUGGCCCCACUGCCUGGGAAUUAGCCUGGACGAGAGUCAAAUGGUGCGAUCGCUGCAGAGCAACUAUGGAGUUCCGGGCCAGGAGCAAUUCACCAACGCCAUGGAUUUGGCCCAGACUCAAUUCGGCUGCUGCGGGAUGAGGAGUUCGCUGGACUACGACACAUCUUUGUGGCGAUUGCAGGGCUAUGGACAGAGGAAUUGGCCGGUGCCGCUCAGUUGCUGUGUGCUGGGGAAUGCGGGGCAGCCGAUGGCAUUUCUGGAUCCAAAGCCGGCCAAUGAAUCGAUGUGUCAGUCGCUGGAGCGGUUGUCCUACGAAAGGGAGCGCAACACGGAGUCCUGCCUUCCGCAUCUGGACAACUGGUACCGCGAGCAGUAUGGAGUCUUCCUUGGCGCCAGCCUGGUUUUGGCCCUGGUUGAGUUCUGUGUCCUGCUGGCUAUUAUCAUGAGCUGCACCGGUCUGGCCUCCAAACGGGCUAGAAGAAGCAAGAAAAGGCCAACUCAGGAGGGCAGACCUCAAAAGGCGACAAAGUCGCGACAAACUCUGAUCGAAAACAUAUACGAACCGGAGGUUGAGCUAAGGGAAAAUUCCAGUCACAGUAUCGACGGGAUAUACCUUGGACCAGCUAGCCGGCAUGUGAGCAGUGAGGAUUUUAAAGAUCUAUACAUCAAGCCGAGGGACCUGUACAGACAACAUCACUUGGGGACAGGAAAACCCAUUUCUGUCGCCGGUCCAACGCAAAUGAGAAAUUAUUUGGUCUAAACUUGUACUGAGAUAUAGCCCUGGAAAUA